AUGAUUCAGGAAAAGGUAUCCGAACUACAAGAUAAGUUCCAACGUGCAAUGUUCAUGUAUUCGCAGUUGGAUAACGAAAAAUCGGCGUUGCUUUAUGAAAUUGAUUUGUUGAAAGAUGAUAUGGAAGAGAAGGAGCAACUGCUUUCGCAAGCAAAUCGAGAAUCCCGAGAUUUGACUUCUGAGGUGAAAUUGCUCAAGCGUACAGUGGAUGGUUUGAAUGCUCAGCAUAUGGCAUUACGAGCCGAAAUCGCACAGCGUGAUCAAAUUAUACAUGAUAACGGGUUAGUUCUGGCAGAGCAGCAAAAAUCGGAAGAUGUAAUAACGAAUGGUGGUACGGAUACUGUCCGUUCAGCCCCGCUGGUUUUUUCGCAGUCCACAAUAGCACUUAUCGAAAAAGCGGUGCCUGGUUCUUCUUCAAUUGACGAAAAAGUGAAAAGGCUCGUUGACGUGGUACGUUCCUUUUCUCAUUGUCAUGAGUUUCAUACAUUUCAUCCGUACACUAUAAAGUACGAUUUUCGUAGAGACGCUGCGAAGCAGUUGGCGGAAAUCAAGUUCAAGCUGCAAGAAGCGGAACGUGAAAAUACCAAUUAUCAGGGCGUUUUGAUACGUGUCGAAGGGCAAGUGAAGAGGUACAAGGCAGCCGCAGAACAAGGAGAAAAAGAGCUCGCCGAACUGAAAUCGCAAAAUCGGCAACUGAAAAAAGAACUUCGAGACAAGGAGAAUGCUUUGGACGAAGCCAAGGAAACAAAUCGUCAUUUGCAGAAUCGAAUCGAAAAACUACGUUUAUCUGGUUCCAGAAGAGUCACAUAA